CUUCCCUUUCCCUAUUUAACACCCCAUUUUAUUCCAUAUCAACUGAAGAAAAGGAAAUGCAAAAAGAAAGAGAAAGAGAAAGAACCAAUUAACUUCUUUUCUUUUCUCUCCCCUUUGUUGCUCUACAAGUCUCACUGUCCAAAAAUAGAAAUUCAAAGUAGCUAGCCAUGGAAGUAGAAGAUGAUGUGUUCUUUGCAGACAUUAGCAAGCAAAUCUCUCUCCUAAUCAUGGAUGAUGAAGAAGACAAGGUUGCCCAUUGUCCUUCAGUUACUCUCCAGGCCUUUUCGCGGACGGUCCAUCCCAGCACACAAUCACCAUAUCCAAACAGUCAAAGUACUUGUAGAGGAGAAAGCAAAGGGACUGGAGUUUUUAUCCCCCGUUCGUCGCCUCCGAGUAGGAAGAACAGGCAUGGAAGAUUCAGUACUACUUCAUCCAACACAAAGUACCAAAGGCAGCAGCCUGAUAAAGGCCUUCCUCAUGUGUCUUACAACAAUAACUCUAAAAGAUUCUAAGUAGAGUUGCUUAUAGCUAGAAGUGUUAUGCAUGACUCGAUAAUUUAUUACUCUAUAUAUAUAUAUAUAUAUAUAUAUAUAUAUAUAUAUAAUAUCUUUGUCUUUAUGUUGAUGAGGCAAGGGUUCUAUAUAUAUAUAUGAUUUGUAUGAUGUACAUGGAGAUUAAUUAAUUAAGGUUGUUAAUUACUAAAUUCUCUCUAUUGGGUUUUGGUUUUGAGGAGGUUUCACCAAAGGAUUGUGCCUCUAAUCUGUAAUAGGUUUCUAUGGUUGUUAUGGAGCUUCAUUUGGGAUAAGCUUCUUAUGUUCAUUUAAUACCGCUAAUUAUUUCUUCUGAAAAA